AUGGACUCAAAAGACUCAGACAAGCGAAAGCUCGAGGAUGACGAUCACUCCAGCCCAAAUCCGAAGCAAAGGAAGGUGAUUGGACCUUCUCUUCCCCCCACAGGUUCGACAGCCCCGACAGACACGGGCUCAGGCUCAGCGGAUAGCGACACAGGCAGUGACAGCGAUGACGACUUCGGUCCCUGCCUACCUCCUUCAAAUCCUUUGCCGGGGUCUGCUCCACCAGUUGCCGACUCUUCCAUUGCGGUGGAGUCACCAGAGGUGACCCAACCAGAAAAGGAGAAUCAACGAGAUCAAUGGAUGCUACAUCCUCCUUCUCAAUCCGACUGGACCUCAAAGAUCGACCCUACACAGCUCCGGAAUCGUAAAUUCAACACCGGAAAGUCAGCAACGGGGCCCAAGAAUAUGGAUUCUUCGUGGGUUGAGUCUCCGGAGGAAAGAAUGAAGCGACUCCAAGAUUCAGUGAUGGGGGUUGGUUCCACGACAAAACAGACCCAGGUCCAAGGAUCCAACACGAAAUCCAAGGAAGACCAGAUCAAACGGUUUAAUGAGAAGAACAGGAAACAGACCCGUUUGGAGAGCUCUGAUCAAGCCAAGGAAGAGGAUGACGACCCAAGUGCGCGUGCAUUUGAUCGCGAAAAGGAUAUGGCUGUCGCUGGCAAAAUUUCUAGUGCACAGCGCCGAGAGAUGGUGAAGAAAGCCGCAGACUACAACACUCGGUUUUCCAAGGGGAGCUUCUUAUGA